AUGUCGAUGUUCCGAGCCAAGAAGCUCGAUCUGGGCUGCUUCAUCAACACGCGCAUCAUCCGCGACCACACCAAGCGCAAGGUCUUUGAGCAGUUUGAGCCCGAAAGGCAAGCUCUGCGAUACAUUAUCCGCAACACGACUCUCCCCCCUCGCGUGCGCGCCGAGGCGCAGCUUCAACUUUCUCAGAUGCAUUGCUACACGAGGCCGACGCAGGUUAGGAACAGGUGUAUUCUUGGAGGAAAGACGAGGGGUAUCCUGCGGGACUUUAAGCUGUCUAGGUACAACUUUAGGAGACAAGCCCUCGAUGGAAACCUCCCUGGUGUGAAGAAGGCGAGUUGGUAA